AUGGAUGAAGUUUUUUCACUGCACAUGGAAAAGCUCGAUGUCUAUGACGUGCUUCUUCUGGCUGGCAUUCUCUCGGUGAUAAUAUUAAUUUGUAUUUAGUUUUAUGUCGUUUCCUUUUACCAGUUGAAAAAUGUAGCCAGCAAACAAACACAAGCCGUUGUGAAAUUACAACGCGAAUGAUGUACCAAAGCGUAAUUGUAAAACAUAUGUGCCCUCUUGGAGCAAGUGUUGUAAAGCGACAGCACUCAUUGCCCAUGAGAACAAAUAGAGAUGCGGUAUUAUACAAUUAAUUUAUCGACUUCAGUAAAUUAUAGAAAAAUUACAAUUUUAACAUGAUUAUCUACAAUAGCUAAUUAAAUUUAUUAUUACGUCCCUAAAACA